ACAAGCACAAUUAUCCAUUUUGUUGGAGGUCGGAAACCCCACUGAUUUAUAAAGCUGUUCCAAGUUGGUUUGUGCGAGUGGAACAUAUGGUGGAUAAACUACUGGAGAACAAUGACAAAUGCUACUGGGUACCAGAAUUUGUCAGAGAAAAGCGGUUUGGAAAUUGGUUGAAGGAUGCACGUGAUUGGGCAAUUUCCCGGAACAGAUACUGGGGUACUCCUAUCCCUUUAUGGGUUAGCGAAGACUUUGAGGAAGUGGUAUGUGUGGGAUCAGUGGCAGAAUUGGAGGAGCUGAGUGGAAUUCAAGUUGAAGACCUUCAUCGUGAAAGUGUUGAUAACAUCACAAUCCCAUCAAACUGUGGAAAAGGUGUUCUGAAACGAGUUUCUGAGGUCUUUGAUUGCUGGUUUGAAAGUGGAAGCAUGCCAUAUGCUCAGGUUCACUAUCCUUUCGAAAACAAAAGAGAGUUUGAAGACACCUUCCCAGCAGACUUCAUUGCUGAAGGAAUUGACCAAACAAGAGGAUGGUUUUAUACUCUAUUGGUACUGUCUACUGCUCUGUUUGGAAAACCACCUUUCAGGAAUGUAAUAGUCAAUGGUCUAGUACUGGCAAGCGAUGGUCAGAAAAUGAGUAAACGUAAAAAGAACUAUCCCGAUCCGAUGCAUGUUGUCAACAGCUAUGGCGCAGAUGCACUGAGGCUGUACCUCAUUAAUUCCCCAGUUGUGAGAGCAGAAAAUUUACGCUUUAAAGAGGAAGGAGUGAGAGAUAUUCUGAAGGAUGUUUUCUUGCCUUGGUACAAUGCAUACAGGUUCCUUGUUCAGAAUGUUCAGAGACUGCACAAGGAAGAAGGUAUCCAGUUCCUUUUCAAUGAAAGUACCAUUGAGGACAGUGAUAACAUUAUGGAUAAAUGGAUACUUUCAUUCACGCAAUCACUCAUUCAGUUUUUCAAGGCAGAAAUGGAAGCAUAUAGACUUUACACUGUGGUGCCAAGACUAGUAAAAUUUGUGGACUUAUUGACAAAUUGGUAUGUGCGAAUGAACCGCAAAAGAUUAAAGGGUGAAAGUGGCGUAGAAGAUUGCCAAAGGGCUUUGGAGACCCUGUUCAGUGUUUUGUUCUCCAUGUGUCGGCUGAUGGCACCCUUCACACCCUUCAUCACUGAACUGAUGUACCAGAAUUUAAGGCACUUAAUAGACUUAUCCUCAGUUCCAGACAAAGAUACACAUAGUAUUCACUAUCUUAUGCUGCCACAAGUGAGGGAGUCUGUCAUUGACCAACGUAUUGAAGGUGCAGUUGCUCAAAUGCAGUCAGUCAUUGAGCUUGGAAGAGUGAUCCGAGACAGGAAGACACUCCCAGUUAAGUAUCCUUUAAAAGAGGUUGUGGUCAUUCACCAGGAUUCAGAAGCACUUAAAGAUAUUGGAGCCUUAGAGAACUAUAUUCUGGAAGAACUAAAUGUCCGUAAGCUGACAUUAUCCACAGACAAAAGCAAGUAUGGCAUUCAGCUAAGGGCAGAACCAGAUCACAUGGUUCUCGGAAAACGCUUGAAGAGUGCUUUCAAAUCUGUUACAGCAGCUAUCAAGGCACUCCAGAGUACACAGUUGGAGGAGUUCCAAAAGACAGGAACCAUAGUUGUCGAAGGACAUGAGCUCCAUGAGGAAGACUUGCGCCUUCUGCAUACAUUUGAUCCAAAUGCAGGAAUAAGUGCUCAGUAUGAAGCCCAUUCUGAUGCUCAAGUUUUGGUUCUUUUAGAUGUUACACCUGACCAGUCAAUGUUGGAUGAAGGAGUUGCACGAGAAGUUAUAAAUCGUAUCCAAAAGCUUCGAAAGAAGGCCCAUCUGGUGCCCUCAGAUGAGAUCACUGUUUACUACAGCUCCGAGCCAAAAGGAGAGUAUUUGGACAAUGUCAUUCAGAGUCACAUUGACUUUAUCUUAGGAACUAUCAAAGCCUCAUUGAAGCCCUACCCAGUUCCAAUUUCUGCUGGAGUGAUUAUACAGGAAAAAGCACAGUUGAAGCACUCAAAUCUAGAUUUGACACUCGUGAAAGGAGCCUCAACUGUUGAUGCUCCUGUUUUGGGCCUUGCUUGUGCAUAUAUCAAUCUUAAGGUGUGCGUGGAUGGAAACAAGCAAGAUGGUGUGGUACUACUGGAAAAUCCAAAGGGAGAUAAUGUUCUGGACUUUGUCAAGCUGAAAAAUGUGAUCGUCAACAUAUUUAAACUGCAGACAACCAAAAUAGCUAUCUAUCAUGAUAACAGUGAACUAACCAAUGGAACUGAUUUGAUGAGUCUGAAUGGAAAGACUCUGUAUGUGACAUCUGGAUUUACACCAGCAGAAGCUGUUAUGAAGACUGAUACCCUGCUUUUCCAGUAUGUCAACUUAGAGCUGGUGAAUGCCAAGCCUCAAGAAUGUCUCAAAGGUACAGUUGGAGCUCUUUUGCUGGAAAACCCAACAGGUCAGAAUGGGCUGACGUACGCUGGUCUUUAUCAUGAGGCAGCCAAAGUAUUUGGCCUCAGAAGCAAGAAGCUAAGAUUGUGCCUAGGUGAUACCAAAGCAGAAGAAAUUACAAAUGACGCUUCAAUGAAAACAUUGAACAUGAAGACCAUUUACAUUCACGUUUUGCCGACAACAGCAGAGUCCUAAGAUCUGUACAGAUAUUUUAGUUCUUAUGAAUGCUGCAUUAUGACCAUGUUGUACUGCUAAUGGAUAAUCCAUACCUGGAAUUAAUUUAGAAAAUUUGAAAAUGUUAUUUGACUGUACACUUGACACAUCACUGAAGAAGAUUGAAUGCUAUUUCAUAAAAUUACAUUUUGUUUGAUGUCAUAAAUAUUGAUUAAUUUUCCUCAAACCUUGGCAAGGGUAAUCUACAGUUGGACAUUAUAACAACAUAGGUGUGAAGGAGGCUACAGGUGGGAAGGCAGAAGUGCUAAGUCAGUUCUUCCUUUCAUUCUUCUGAGUACUUGAUCUCCUCCAUGCUGUUGUACUGAGCAGAGGCCAGGUAUUUCCCCAUAGACGGAGGGGAAUUCAUUUUAAGGCUGAUGAUGAUUGAUGUUCUUUAUAGCUUGAUCGGAAUAACAUUAAUAGAGACCUGGGAGGCAUCCUCUGCUUUAGGUGCCUUAUGGGAGCUGGAGGCACAAAGGAUACAAAUAGAGAGACUGAAGCAUUUGCUAUCAGAAAAAUAUAUAAUUGAGCAGAUAACAACAAGAUACAUUAAGAACAAGAGAAAAAUUAAAUCUGAAGCAGCAAAGUUUCCACAAUCUUGUUCAUCUUCUCUGAAGUCCCCAUUUUGCACACUGGUUAUGCCACAAAAUUAUGGAAAAGAACAAAGAUUAUUAUUCCUAAAUCUUUGUAGUAUUAGCUUAGAUCUUUGCAGCAUCUGAAUGAAAAAUUGCCCUCUAAUAUUUUAGAUUGAACUACCAAUUCUACUGUUUAGAAUUUUUCUUCGAUAACAAUUAGGUCUUGGCAUUUUGUCCCCUUUCUCGUGGGCACUAUUUCUAACAGUUAAACUGAGAUUGUAGACUUUUAAAUGAUGCUACCAGGUUGUUUUGUGGCAUCUUUGCAGAAAAUGUUACCCUGCUAAUGUUCACUGUAUCUUAAUCACCCAAAAGAUAACAUGGUUCAGACCUCAUGGUCUGUUGAAAAAUACUUCUUUGGAUACAAUAUCUGCAUGCAGAUCAGUGGGUAGCUUGGUAAAUGCAUGUGAAUCAAAUUACAUAUUUUGCUGCAUUACAGUGGAUGGAAUUAAUUUGACAAACCAUUGUGGAAUUUGCAUUUUGACUUCAAGAUCAUGUCGUCCAGUUUCAAACUUUUGAGUGGAGGUAGCAAGUAAACCACUGAUAUUUGGGAAUGGUGCUUCGAUUGGAGUCUUAGGCUUUGGGUUUCAUAUACAUUCUAUUCAAUUUUAGUUCAGAUGUCAGAUUGUUUUUAUGAUCAACAAUUAAGCAGGCCUGCACAACAUAUGCUUUACAAAAUGCAAACAUUGCCACUUUGAGAAUAAAAUUCUCCUUGGUAAAUGUGGUGUGAACAGAAAAUGCAUUGGACACUUAUUCAAUAUAAUUGUCAAAUAAGCAGUUAUGUUGUCAUCACAUGCUUGCACUAUAUUAUUUGGAUAGACUCUAAUUAUAUUCGCAUUGUGUUAACUCCAGUAUACAUCCUUUGUCCCAUGAAUUUUAAGUUCAUACCUGCGGUACUAACAUUCUAAUAUUUUCACAAUGGUAUAUUGUAGGAAUGAACAUGUUGCUUGUAGUUCUAUUUCAUUAACUUUCAAACAGCCUCUGCAGAAAAUGCCUUCUUUAAACUUGAAACUAUGCAAUGCAAUUCCCCACAAAUGGGCAAAAAUGGUUUGGAUAACUAGCAACUUACAGUUGCUAAAGUACAUUUUGGAAAUUCUUGUUUUGUUAUACAGUUAUACAUGUGCCUAGGAAUUGUAUUUUUCAAAUGUUAAGCCUUCCUGUUGCUUCUGUAGUAAUUGCAUUACUCCUAAAGACCCAUUGGGAAAGCAAAUUACUUUGGGCUCACAUUCAGUUAUAAAAUUUGGGUUCAGAUUAUUUGUUUCUCAGUACAUGAAUUAACUUUAAAUAAAUAUAACAAUGUGAUGUAGUGACAA